AUGUCACAGGACAGCAUUAACCUACCACCCAGGACAGCACCUCAUGAUGGAACAAAACCUGACUUCUCUGGGGUCCCAAGCCAGGCAUUAGACGCAGUAAGGAUGCGAUUAGCACAGCUAACGCACUCUUUGAGGAAAAUUAAAGAUGAAUUAUCGAAGGCUAAUCUCCCGCAAUGGUACUCUUUACAGUCACAACUAAAUGUAACUUUAUCACAGUUUUCUUCUGUCACAUCCACUUUGCAGCAUUUUCAAGACACUUUAGACACAACGGUAGUAUAUCCCUUAACUAAGUUUCCCACAACGUCGCAUGAAAAUCUCUUAACCACUCUAUUAAGAAAGAAAUAUGCUCCAGAGAUCGAUGAAUGGAUUAAAUCAACCAAGGAAGCAUCGGGUCUCAAUGCAGAAUCAAUCACACAACAAGAGAUUGACAGAAUACAUCAAAACGAUAAAGAAAUUACUACGUGGGCGUUGGAAAUCUUCGCCAAAGAGUUUGACGAUCACAAUUUCAAGGGCUUUCAGACGAAGAGAGAGUCCACAAGUGAUUCUGAUUCAGAACAGAUAUAUGUCCCAUCUUCAAGCCGUUAUAAACCUAAAACAACAUUCGAAGUUGAAGAUAUACUGAAUUUCACUUACAAAGGAGAACAUAAGUCACUGGAAGUGAAAAAGUGA